AUGGUCGAACAUUCCACCCAUAUUCGACAUGUACUCCUUUACGAGUUCGAAUAUAGCCACCCCGCUGCUGCUCAUCGAAACUUAUCUCAUGUAUUCUGCACUGAAUCCCCUUCUGAGCGGUUUGUGCGCGCCUGGUUCCAGCGUUUUAAAGCCGGAAACAAGAAAGUCGAAAAUGAGCCUUGCUCUGGUCGACCGACUGCAAUAUCAUUCGACGAACUAAAGAAUCUGGCGGAGCAGCAUCCAUAUGAAGGUGUGUGGUAUUUUGCUGCCAGUCUUGGCUGUUCGCUGUCCACCGUGAGUAAUGGACUGCGAUCUCACGGAAUGGUGAAAAAGCUCGGUCAGUGGCUCCCACACGCACUGAGCGACGGCAACCGCCAAAGUCGCUUGGACAUCUGCACUCAGCUGCUCUCCAGAAGCCACAGAUUCGACUGGCUGGACACCAUUGUCACUGUAGAUGGAAAAUGGGUCCUCUACGUCAACUACACCCACAAACGUGCGCAGUGCGCGAAAUGA